AUGGCCAGAUUGGCCCGAUGGGCACAGAAGCUGUUCGGCCGGAUCAAGAGCCCACCUACAGUAGCGACAGCGCCCCAGGCAGCAACUUCAACCUACAACGCCAGUAAAGAGAGGUCCGAACAGACCAUAAUCCGGCCAGCAGGCCCACCACCUCGAGCUGUCCACGAGAGACAUUGGCAGAAAGAAGAGCGUAGACGGGCGAAGAGCGAUGGUGGUGGCUCCAUCCUCGUCCUGCUUUACGACGACAUGGACGGCGGGGAAUUGCUUGAACAGGCCAGGUUCUAUAUGGAGGAAGAAGUACCGACGUACCUCUGUGGCGAAUACGUAUACAACCUAGACAUCAUCACAUCCGCAAGUGACCCGAUCCUAGAUUAUGGCCAGGGUUUCGGUCAUUCUUUCUUCAGCGUCAUCCUGGCGUAUGACAUCCACUCACAGGACUCGUUCGAUGAGGUCGCACGCCUGUACGACACUAUCUGCCGCCACCAGAAGAGCGGCCAAUCUGGGUUUGACAUCUUGGUCCUUGGGCUCAAGGCAGACUUGGAUAGUGCAGACGGACGUGUUCCACGAGACAUAGGCGAGAGGUUCGCUUGGGAGCGCGAAUGCUCCUUUGCGGAAUGCUCGGCCAAGUCUGGGGAUGGGGUCUAA